AUGAUUAAGAUAGAUCAUCAUAAAAAACAAAAGAGGCUGAGUGAAUCACAAAGAUACAAGAGUUAUGAUUCCGAGAAAGAACCUAUCAAGGCUUAUUUGCGUAUACGGCCUAAACCUGAUCAUCACCAAGGUCUUGUUGAACAACCCUAUAUCGAUAUCCUCGACGAUCAUGAAGUAAUCAUGACUCCUCCCAAGGAUUCUCGCACUCGAAACAAAACACCUGAAAGAUAUCGAUUUACUCGAGUAUUCAGAGAUGCGGAUCAAAGCACAUUUUUCGAUGAGACAUGUUUAAACCUAGUAGAGGACGUAUUGAAUGGCAAAAAUACGCUAGUAUUUGCCUAUGGUGUUACUAAUUCUGGCAAGACCUUUACAAUGCUAGGAAAAGAAGGCUCCGAUGCUGGUCUUUUGCCUAGAGCAUUAAGUACUCUUUUUCAUAGUAUUCAAGGACUUGAGAGUGAAGUUAAAAUCAAGCCAGUCAUGCAUUGUUCCUUACAAUCUUAUACAGAUCCAAAUGAAGAAAAUAGACAUCUAUGUCAAACACUAGAAGAAAAGAUACCAUCAGAAUCUACCAAGUUACAAGUAGAUACCCACUCUAAGUAUGCAGUAUGGGUGUCCUUUGUAGAAAUUUACAAUGAACAAGUAUUCGAUUUAUUACCUAAUCAACCGAAACAAACCAAGCGGCAACCUUUGGUGUUAAAAUACGAUCAACGCACAGGGCAUAAAUAUGCAGCAGACGCUAAUCUGAUCAAGAUAAAUACAGUACAAGAAGCAUACGGUAUUAUUCAACAGGGACAAAAGAACAGACAAGUAUUCUCCACUCUUAUGAAUCAGUCCAGCAGUCGAAGCCAUAGUAUCUUUACGGUACAUCUCAUAAAAUCAAACGAAGAGGGUGCUAGUCUCUCCAAAUUUUCUUUAGUUGAUUUAGCAGGAUCAGAACGAUAUCGUAACACAAACAGCACAGGACAACGGUUAAAAGAAGCAGGCAAUAUUAAUAAAUCUCUGAUGGUAUUGGGACAAUGUAUGGAAGUGCUUAGAAUCAAUCAGAUCAAAGCAGACAUGGGCAAGAAUGCAGCCUUAGUACCCUUCCGACAUAGUAAACUAACAGAGUUAUUCAAGAGUACAUUUGAAGGAGAUGGAAAAGCAGUCAUUGUAGUGAAUGUCAACCCAUUUGAUACAGGUUAUGAUGAAAACAUUCAUGUGAUGAGAUUUGCUGCUGUUGCCAAAGAUGUCAUGACUUCUUUACAACCAUCCAAAAAGCAAAAGGACUUAAUGGCUCAAUUAGAAGAUUUAUGGGAUAAAUGGGCUGAUGCAGAAACAAGAGCAAGUACAAUAGAACAUGAGGUUCGAGAGCAAAUGGAAACAGAAUUGAAAAAGACACACGAUCUUUAUUUAGCAGCACUCAAAAGAGAGACGGAUAUGAUGCAAUCGCACAUAAAUGACCGACUACAGGAUACACCAGACGAUACUUUCUUAACAAUGCUUCAAGAAAGACAGACAGUAUUAUCCAAGGAGUUAGAUGACAUCAACAUCAAAAUAAAGCAGCAACAAGAUACCAUGCGAGACAGAAUAAACCAACUAGAAAAAGAGCGCAAUUUACUCCUUGAACACCCAAAGCAACGUGCAUAUAAUCCAUCCGAGGAUGAACAAGAACCAGAACACAAGGAAAAUCAAGAUUUACCCACCUAUCAUCAAUUCCUUGAUUUACGGAAACAGUUACGUCGGCUGAUAUUCAAAAAAGAAGAACUUUGUAAAGAUGCAGACCUUGUUAUGAAGCAAGUAGAACAAUUUGAAGGCGUUACUUUUCAAAUGGCUAAGGAAACAAAGAUGGGUAAAUUGCUAAAAUUGAUUGCACAAGAAGAGUUCAAAAGUGAUCCUUUUUAUAUUAAAAAUAGAGCUAUUCGGUUAUUUAAACGAUAUGCUCAAUUGCCUUGCCCUAAACAACCCCUGUAUGACAAUGAAUCCGCCAAUGAUUUAGAGGCAGAAAAUGUCAGAUUGAAACAAAAAAUUAAGUUGUUACAAUACAAUCAAAGACGCCUUCAAGAAGAACUGGAUGAAACUCCUGCUAUGAUGGAAGAUGACGAUGAAAAGGAGAAUGAGGACACCUCCUCCUUCAAUGAUGAAGAGGAUAUUGCACAACUCUUUAGGCCUAAAGGCGUAAAGCGCAGAAGAAAACUUCGUGUUCGAUAG